CUGUACUCAGGUUCCCAAUCAAGAUUACACAAUAAGUCAACAACUCAACAUAUUGGAUUUAUCUGGGUAUAUUUUGGGGCGUUACAGUGUUCUUCAUCUCUACCUGCAUAUCCGGAAACACAAAUACAUUUGCAAAUUCAAGAGUGUUGCGCUCCUUAGUCGAUUUGAGUAACGUGAAUAAAUUAAACUGGUGCAAGUAUACCUUGACCAAUUUAAUUAAUUCUACCAUUCAAUGGAAGCGAAAGUCAAAUCCUUAUUUCACUGGGCCUGUUUUGUUCUUAAUGAUGUUUUAUGUUGAUAGGAUUGUCUUCCGAAUGAGAGUAGUGCCUAGAACUUUUCCAACUAUGAUAGGUUGGACUUCCCAAAAGCUUAAGGAAAGAGAAGGAUUGGAGCGGGAAUCAGAUCCUCCUGGGAAAACAUCACAAUCACAGAACGACGUUUUAGAGGAGACACGGAGUGCUGCAAAAGAGUUGGUACAAAAAAUAUCAAAGUGGGACACCGUCUGUAGAGGCUUGAAUAGUGAGUUCCCAAAUUCAAAUGCCGUCAAGGGAAUGCAACAAACUGCUGCAGAAGUGAUUGUUGCUGUUGGUAAAAGUCCAAGAAUAUCAGGUACUCCGAUUUCGGAAACAAAUCCGAAACUGCAAUUCGAAGUAGUCCACGAGAGCCCUUCUUUCUUGGCUGAAAUAUCUCGACUUGAAAUGGAAUUUUUCACGGUGAAGCGCAACCUUGAGACCAACAGCCAAGACUUGUUCAUGCCAUCAUUUAGCUUAAGGCUUACACCAGAGGAAAAGGAAAAUCAAAAUGAGGAGAUUCAACAUGAAGAGGUUCAGCAUGAGGAGAUUCAAACAAAGAAUGGAGAUGGCACAGCCCAAACAUGCAAUCUCACUGCAUUGGCAGAUGAUGUACAGAGUCACCCCCAAAUUGAGCCUAUCCCAGCUUUUCCAGAGAGUGCAGUUCAAGGGCAACAAGAAGAAAUUGUUCUUUUUCAGCCAACCCCACCAUAUACUCACUUAACAAGUCAAGAAAUUGCAUCUGGUCCUAGCCCUGCUCGAAGUCCUGUAUUCCUUAAAAGACGACUUCAGCCCCAAAGGAAGAAAGAAUUUGCACGCGCCUUAUGUUCUCCUUUUUGGAUAAGAAACAUGGAAGCACUCUCACGGUUGAGCCGUGCCGAGAAGGUUCUCACGGACUACGUAUUCAACAAAUCUCUUUUACUUGGGGAAGUUUUGUACAAAGACAUGUUUUGUGAAAUGAAGCGAAGCGAUUUAAUAUCCUUUUCCGAAGGGUCUGUCUCGUCGCUUAUUUUACAGAUUUGGUGUCGAUUCUUGAAUGCCGAGGAAAAGCAUCGAAGCAAGUCAGAUGUCUAUCGAGUUUUCCUUAGCACGAAUCCUUUUGCUGAGUUUGUAAAGAUCAGUUUAUAUGACGAUGCUCAUGAAAACUUUUGUGAAGUCGCUGACAGAGAAUUGGUAGAACAACAGUUUUAUAGCGGCAUUGAUAUGAGUACUGCAGAUUUGAUAUUCUUCUUGGUUGCUGAUGAAACAGACAAGGAUGAUGUUUAUAUAGUGUGUUUUAACAUGAAAAAGGAGAAGAUAACCAUCAUUGAUUCAAUUGAACAUAAAACUAAGGUGUAUGAUACAUGUGUUGAAUGUUUGAAAAAGGGAAUGUGCGAGUAUUUCAAUGAAAAACAACUUGAGCAAAAAGCAAGUAAAAUUUCCAAAUUUCCUUUUGAAAUAACAAAGAAGGCAUGUUAUGGGAACAUGAAAGGUAUGGGUGUUGGUGUCAUAGCCAUGAGGCAAUUGGAAACUUUCAAGGGGAAUUUGAAUACGUGGAAGAUGGAUUUGAACAAAAAUGAUGUAAAUGGACUAAGAAUAAUCUGUGUUCGAUAUUGCUACGAAAUGCUCACCUCUGAUCAUAAUCAACUUGCCGUACAAGUGAAACGGAAAGUGGCAGAAUAUGGCAAGUUUAUCAACUAGCACUACAAGAAAACUCCUCUAUAGUGUGAGUAUAAACCGUUGUAAACAUAGAAAACCGUCAUUAAAACCUUUUAAUGAGAUGAAAUUUACUCUCAUCACCCGUCAUUAUAGCCUCCGUAGCUAAUUACAAAUAAUGACGGGCAUUAGGU